AUGAGUGAGCCAAACAUAGCCAUUUCUCCUCCUGACGAGGGUACAAGCAGACGAUCUUCAACCUACUUUAAGCUCUCUGAUAUUCCUGGUUCCUUGAACUCCACGGUUCUACUUCGAGAAGACAACUAUACCGAGUGGUCUACCAACAUUCGUAAUUUGCUCCAAGAAAAACAAAAGAUCGGGUUCAUCGACGGUUCAGUUCCUAAACCGUUGACCAACCCGGACCUAGCUUUGUGGAUUGCAACAAACUGUAUAAUCGUGGGGUGGAUCCUCAAAGCCAUCGAUCCCAAAGUUCGUUCCACGGUUGCUUAUACUAAUGAUCCUUGCAAGCUGUGGGAGAGCCUACGACGUCGGUUUGACGUUAACAACAGGAUUCGUGUCCAUGAGCUAAAGGCUAUGAUAAGUUCUUGUAGGCAAGAAGGCCAAAGUGUUAAAGAUUAUUUUGGCCGACUCUCCAAGUUGUGGGAAGAGCUCCAGAGCUACAAAUCUACCCCGGACUGUUCGUGCUAUGCCGCAAAAUACAUUGAAAAGGAAAAGGAAGAUGAACGAGUUCAUCAGUUUUUAAUGGGACUUCAUAGAAAUGGUUUUGGCUCUAUCCGCUUAAGUAUCAUUAGCCAAGAUCCUCUUCAAGAUCUAAACAAAGUAUACUCCCUUGUGAUAGAGGAAGAGCAACGUUUUCAGGCUGCUAAGUCGAAGGAACUUAAGCCCGAGCAAGUGCAGCAACAUGUUCGACCUCAAAGGAAAGACAUGUAUUGUUCUCAUUGUGAGAGUAGAGGACAUGAUACUGAGAAAUGUUAUGCAAUUCAUGGCUAUCCAGAGUCGUGGCAUGAACGUCAAAAGAACAAGCCACCCAAAGGUCGGGGAAGACAUGGUACGCGAGCAGCCAGAUCGGGCAAGUCAAUCAUUAGUCAGGAAAGAGUUGAUGUUUCUCAGAAAAGCUACCACACUUCUCUGAAUCUACAGACAGUGCAACACCCUGAAUCUACUAGUCAUCAUGGAGGUACAUCAGAUUUAAAUCGAUUCCCAAUAAAGAUGGAAGCGAAAGGUGGAAAUGGAGGCAUAAAAUGGGACGAUGGAGCCAACCAUGAAGGUGUAUCACAGAUCUAUAUACGAGAGGGUCGUGGAGGUAUAGAGUCUAUCAAGUUCGAUUAUGUCAAGCAUGCACAACCUAUAGCUGGACAAAUCCAUGGUGGCUUGGGUCAAAGUUUCACCGAGUGGUUUGAUCUAAACUAUACAUAUGAGCAUGAAUAUCUCAAAUCGGUUAAGUGUUUCUUCGACGAGGGUACAAUACAAGGACUUGUGAUCAAAACCAAUCUCAGGAGUUCUACACACAUGGGAUGUAUCCUUGGUACUACGUUUAAACUCAAAGUCAAAAACAAGAAGAUCAUUGGGUUUCAUGGAUCUUCUGACAAAAACCUUUACUCUCUUGGAGCUUAUUUCGCACCGCUUUCUCCUCCUGGUAAUUUGAAUUACUAA